AUGCAUGCCUAUUCCGAAGCCCGCGCUUGCUCGUUGCCGCGCCGUCACCAGCGCCGUGACCCUGCUCUUUCCUGCCGUCUGCGCCUGCUCGUCCCCGAUGCCUGCUUGUCACCCUCUUGGCAGCUCUCUGUUGCACUGAUGAUCUAUUCCAUUCCCUCUCCUCUGCACCCUCGCUUUCCCCCUCCCCACCUACCUCUUCCCUUUGAACUCUCCCAUCCCUUCGUUGCUCCCAUACCGUGCACAAGGAAGGAGAGCAGGGUGGAUACCGCUGGGGAGGAAAGGAGUGGGCAGUGGACGAGGGAGAGGUGGGUGAGAGAAGGUGCGGAGAUCGCGAGCGGGGAGGAGGGGAGGCGUCAAAUAGGCGGUAGAUCCCUCCGCACUCAGAUCCCUCCGCACUCAGAUCCCUCCGCACUCAGAUCCCUCUGCACUCAGAUCCCUCUGCACUCAGAUCCCUCUGCACUCAGAUCCCUCCGCACUCAGAUCCCUCCGCACACAGAUCCCUCCGCACUCAGAUCCCUCCGCACUCAGAUCCCUCCGCACUCAGAUCCCUCCGCACUCAGAUCCCUCCGCACUCCGAUUCCUCCGCACUCAGAUCCCUCUGCAGUCAGAUCCCUCCGCACUCAGAUUCUUCCGCACUCAGAUUCCUCCGCACUCAGAUCCCUCUGCACUCAGAUCCCUCCGCACUCAGAUCCCUCCGCACUCAGAUCCCUCCGCACUCAGAUCCCUCCGCACUCAGAUCCCUCCGCACUCAGAUCCCUCUGCACUCAGAUCCCUCUGCACUCAGAUCCCUCCGUACUCAGAUCCCUCCGCACUCAGAUCCCUCCGCACUCAGAUCCCUCCGCACUCAGAUCCCUCCGCACUCAGAUCCCUCUGCACUCAGAUCCCUCCGCACUCAGAUUCCUCCGCACUCAGAUCCCUCUGCACUCAGAUUCCUCUGCACUCAGAUCCCUCUGCACUCAGAUCCCUCUGCACUCAGAUCCCUCUGCACUCAGAUUCCUCCGCACUCAGAUCCCUCCGCACUCAGAUCCCUCCGCACUCAGAUCCCUCCGCACUCAGAUCCCUCCGCACUCAGAUCCCUCCGCACUCAGAUUCCUCCGCACUCAGAUUCCUCCGCACUCAGAUCCCUCCGCACUCAGAUCCCUCCGCACUCAGAUCCCUCCGCACUCGGAUCCCUCUGCACUCAGAUCCCUCCGCACUCGGAUCCCUCCGCACUCGGAUCCCUCUGCACUCGGAUCCCUCUGCACUCAGAUUCCUCUGCACUCAGAUUCCUCCGCACUCAGAUCCCUCUGCACUCAGAUCCCUCUGCACUCAGAUCCCUCUGCACUCAGAUUCCUCCGCACUCAGAUCCCUCUGCACUCAGAUCCCUCUGCACUCAGAUCCCUCCGCACUCAGAUCCCUCCGCACUCAGAUCCCUCCGCACUCAGAUCCCUCCGCACUCAGAUCCCUCCGUACUCAGAUCCCUCCGCACUCAGAUCCCUCCGCACUCAGAUCCCUCCGCACUCAGAUCCCUCCGCACUCAGAUCCCUCCGCACUCAGAUCCCUCCGCACUCAGUGUUAGAAUUCAAGAAUGAUUGA